AUGACAGCUUCAGCUGCUGGGAGCCUCUCUUGAGGCCCCCCAACAGCCAUCGGGAGCCUUCUGCCCCUCUCCUGUAGCCAUAAGGCUAUAGCUUUCCAACUUCAGCUACAGUGAUAGCUAAGUUUGGAAAGGGAAAAAAAGAGAAAUCCCGGAUUGCCCCCCUUCCUUUUUUAAAAAUUAUUUUUUAAAAAAAGUUUUCUAGAGAAUUUGUUUUGUUUCUUUGCUUUUUUUUUUUUUUUUGAUGGUGCUGUCUCCAGUUAUUUGCACUCCAGUUAACGACAAAAAUUUCAAAACAUCAUUAGCAGCAGCAACAGCAGAGGACAAAGAAAAGUCAAUAAGAAACUCCUGUUGUCAUGACCGACAAAAAUGACCAAAACACUCGUGGAGGAUGCUGUGGAUCCUUUACAAACUAUAUUACCUCUGCAAAAUGUCUUCUCUACUUUGGUCAUGCUCUAUCCACCUGGGGAGAUCGGAUGUGGCAUUUUGCAGUAUCUUUGUUUCUGGUUGAGCUCUAUGGAAACAGCCUGCUCUUAACUGCUGUCUACGGGCUGGUGGUGGCAGGCUCUGUUCUGAUCCUGGGAGCCAUCAUUGGAGAUUGGGUAGAUAAGAAUCCCAGGCUUAAAGUGGCCCAGACUUCUUUGAUUGUACAGAAUGUUUCAGUCAUCACAUGUGGUUUCAUCCUAAUGAUGGUUUUCUUACAUAAAACUGAUCUUCUGAGCCUGUACAAUGGAUGGGUUCUUACUUCUUGUUAUAUCCUUAUCAUCACUAUUGCAAAUAUUGCAAAUUUAGCCAGCACUGCAACUGGGAUCACGAUUCAGAGAGACUGGAUUGUUGUUGUUGCUGGGGAUGACAGAAGCAAAUUAGCAGAUAUGAAUGCUACAAUCCGGAGAAUUGAUCAGUUAACUAAUAUUCUGGCUCCCAUGGCUGUCGGUCAGAUAAUGACAUUUGGCUCUCCAGUGAUUGGCUGUGGAUUCAUUUCUGGAUGGAAUUUGGUGUCUAUGUGUGUGGAGUACUUCUUACUCUGGAAAGUUUAUCAAAAAACUCCAGCUCUGGCUUUGAAAGCUUCUCCAAAAGCAGAUGAAACGGAACUGAAACAACUGAAUUUACAUAAAGAUAUUGAGUCAAAUGUCCAGGAAGGAUCCCAUCUAAUGGGUGAAAAAGAUCCUAAGAAGUAUGAGUUUGAGAAUGACAAAGAACCUGGCUGUGCUUCCCAGAUAGCAGAGCCUUUUCGUACUUUCCGUGAGGGAUGGAUCUCAUACUACAAUCAACCAAUAUUUCUUGCUGGCAUGGGUCUUUCUUUUCUUUAUAUGACUGUACUGGGUUUUGACUGUAUUACUACUGGCUAUGCCUAUACUCAGGGCCUGAGUGGCUCAGUGCUCAGUCUUCUCAUGGCAGCCUCAGCCAUCACUGGUAUUAUGGGAACGGUGGCUUUCACCAGACUACGAGAAAAGUGUGGCCUGGUUCGAACGGGUGUGAUCUCUGGAAUAACCCAGAUGGCCUGUUUGACCCUCUGUGUGGUCUCUGUUUUCAUGCCUGGAAGUCCUUUGGACUUAUCAGUUUCUCCCUUUGAAGACAUCCGUAAUAGAUUAAUACCAAGUAAGGAAUUCUCCCCAGUAGUAUCUACAAAAAGAAAUGAAACUUUCUCCACAACUGGAAUGUACAAUUCACUAAAUGAGUCUUAUCCUACUCAGAUAUAUACAGAGAUGAGUCCAAAACCUGUAUCUUUAAUCUCUGUCAGUCUACUGUUUGCUGGAGUCAUUGCUGCUAGAAUUGGUCUUUGGGCCUUUGAUUUGACUGUGACACAGUUACUGCAAGAAAACGUAAUAGAGUCGGAACGAGGCAUUAUCAAUGGUGUACAGAACUCUAUGAACUAUCUUCUAGACCUUGUGCAUUUCAUCAUGGUCAUCUUGGCACCCAAUCCUGAAGCUUUUGGUUUACUUGUGUUAAUUUCAGUCGCUUUUGUGGUAACGGGCCACAUGAUGUAUUUUCGAUUUGCUCAGAAAACUCUUGGAAAUCAGCUCUUUCUUUGUUGUCCUGAUAGAAAAACAGUCUCCAAUGAAGCAGAAAGUAAUGUGUCUGUUGUGUAACACAGUUAGGUAAUUGUUGCCAUCUCUGUUACUGAAUUGUAGCACCAGUCCUUACUUUUAGGGCACCCAUAAAUGGUCAAGAUGUUUCUUUUGAAUUUAUGACAGUUAUGCCUUAAGGCAUGAGCUUCAAAGAAACUAAAAGUUUGCAAAUAGGAGUUAAGGAGUCCCCUUAGUAUCUAGGGAUUUAAACAACUAAGAAAAAUAUUCCACCAAGUAAAAUAUGAGGGAUAUUUGGUAAUGCUGAAGCUCCACUUUUGCCCUAAGGGUUCAGAGAACCUAGCAUAGAAAUACAAUGUUUUUGCUUUAAUAUAGCUGCUUUUUAAUAGAUGUCCAUUGUUAGGUAAACAAUCAGGUAGAUUGCUUCAGAAUUCAGAUGCAAUGUUUGCUCCUGAAAUGGUAGUUGUACUCUUUUUUUUUUUUUUUUUUUUUUUUGAGUAAGACUAGCCUCAUGUUCCUCAUAUCUUAUUCCCAUCAUUUAGGUGUAGUUAUUAAAAUAAUUUCUCCUCCAGCCAUUAAAAUUAGAAUUUGUUAACCUGGUCUCAGUAUUAUCCUAUUGAUGGUUGAGGGUUUGAGAGAGAUGUGAAAAGUUUUGAUACUCAUAUAGUACUUUCUUGCCAUGGAUAUUUUAGUUGAACUUGGGAGAAGACAUUUAUUUUUAUUAUUACCACAUGGUAUAGACUAGAGCAAAAUAUAUUACACAUGUAGCACUUCAUAUAACAGAUUAACAUAAGCUGCAGAUGUAGUUAUAAUAUAGCAUUAUAACCACCUUAACAUAAAGAUGCAAGGCAUGCUAAAAGUAGUCUUUCAUAUGGCAAUAACUGGAUUAUAUAAAUUAGAAGCUAGAAAUGAACACGAGAGGGACAUAUUUGAAUUUUACUCCUGCCACUGAAUUAAAUCACCUCUAUAAUUCUGGUGAGUUUUAAAAUUGGUGAGAUCUAUAUAAAGUAUGAAGUGUAAACUGGAAAAGUUUUUGUUUUAUAAACCAUCAGACUUACUUUUAAGCAGCUUUUAGUAAAAUAAUUCUCUGUCCUUUUUUGUAGCCAGAAACUAUUUUAAAAUAGUUGCAUAGCAAGAAUGGGUUCAUAAAUAUUUUUCAUUGAAAUAUCUUUAGAAAAAUGUAAAGGACUUUUGAAUUUUGCUUUCUGAGGUUUACCAGUCAUCAUUGAAUAUGCCAGCACCAAGUUGGUACUUUGGCAUUAGCCAUUGAUGCACUUUCAUGGAGACUGCAAUAUGUUGCUAUGAGCACUUUCUUCUUUGUGUGUAUGUGUAUGUGUGUUAAUGUUUAAGCUUUUCCUUCUUUUUUCAUUUUCCUACAAUAUGACCAUGUGAUUUACUUUGUUGUAAAAAAAAUCUUUGUAAUAAAUAUUUCUAUAUAAAAAUGUU